AUGAACCAUGUUUGGAAAAAAAUAUGGCCAGAAUGUAUAAAAACUACCGAUGCAGAAGUUAAUUUCCUUCCUGAAGUUAGACAAAACAUAUUGGAUUUAGCACAUGAUCUCGGUUUUGAAGAUUUAAACGAAUCUGAUGUGCUGGAUCUACUUGCAGCUGAUAGGGAACCCCUUUCAUAUGAGGAACUCAUUCAGUUGCAAGCAGAGCCGGCAAUUGAUGAAGAUGCAGAACCUGUUGUAUCCAAACAGCUAACAUCAAAAAUCAUGUCGACAGUGUCAGUUAUUUGUGUGGUGUCAGUUUGCAUCGCGGCAGUAUUUAGUUUCCCGGAUGGUGCACCAGUAGAUGCAUGUGUCAAAUCAAGACCCAACCAACCUAAUCAUGGUUCAGCCAGACCCCAAGAACCACACACCAGACCCUAUCGUGUAAUUGCCUCGCACCAGCACUAUGGACCUGGUUCCCAAAUAACAGUUACUAUAUCCGGCGACGUAUUUCGAGGAUUCUUCAUCCAAGCCCGUGACGCUGCCACCAAUAAUUGGGUUGGCAGUUGGGUCGAAUCACCCGGAUCCAAAGUUCACCCAGAAUGCAGUUCUAUUACCCACGGAGACCCACGAGAUAAACAACAAGCAACUCUGGUCUGGCAAGCACCACACGAUGCCCAACCUGGACAAGUUUACUUUACAGGAACUGUAUUAAAGGAUUACGGAACUUUCUGGUCCAACAUCAUCGCUGAUGUACCACAGCAGCAGAAGUAA